AUGACAAGCCUCUGGCGCGCCAUCUCGGGGAAGCGCAGCCCGGUGGGCGAGCCUUCCGAGGCACGGCCCAGUGGCUGGCUUCCGCCCAUCCUGCAAAACGCUGAGUCCCACGAAAGGGACGACUUCCACCUGAUGGAUCUCCGGCUGCAAAGCCCCUCUAGAAGUCGAUGUGGGUCGCGCGCGCGAUCGAACCAGUCUGGGCAAAGCACGACCCGGGCGUUGUCCACGCCCUCCACCUCGACACCCCUCUCGCUGCCUCCCAUAAGCCGAAGUGCGACACCACAUUCGCCCUGGACCCCGGCAAGGACCCGCAUGCACAGCUUUGACCGCGCCGGCUCUGAGACGUCCACGGUAAGCCCAAACUCGCUCUACAUGAGCAUGUUCCCAUCACCUGCGAAUCAGGCGAGCACGCCCGCAAACCUGGGGACUCCACACCAAGCUGGCAGCAACAUGGGCACGCCAGCGCAUCGAAGUGGGCCAAGUCCUCAUCAGUGUGCGAGGAGCCCCGUCAUGUGGACGGAUGAGUUUACAGAUAGAUCUUUGCGCACCUUCAUGGUUGGCAAGAGCAAGAACCGCUUCGCUUCCACGGAUCCUGGUCUCUGCGUGCUCUUCGUCCUCUAUGCUUCGCCGUUGACGAACUACUUGCCCAUAGAUUUCGAGUCCGAGAUCGACCGCAUCGUGUCGAGCGCAAGGGAUUCUGGACGACUCCAGACCGGCCAGGUCCGUCUGAAUGUGGGCACGGCUUCCUCGUCCUCGUUGACAAAGCUGCUGACGUUGUCGCAUGCGCAAAGGAGCGGCCUCAUCCUGCAUCUAGCAGCACAUGGUGACGAGGAUGGAGGCCUCAUUCUGGAGAGCACCAAGGGCACUGGAGAAGUCCAUAGCUGCAGCCACGAGAAGCUCAGAAAGAUCCUGAAUGUGGGGGGGCGCGGGCUGCGUGGAGUUUCCCUGGUCUUCCUCAGCUCUUGCAAAUCGAAGAAGCUUGCCCAGGUCUUCAUCGACUGUGGAUGCCAGCAUGUUAUUGCAACAAGCAGGACGGUUCUCGAUGCCACUGCACGUGCUUUCACCGAACGCUUCUACGGAGCUCUCUUUGUUGGGAAGUCUAUCGCAUCAGCCUUCGAGCAUACCAAGGAAGCACUGCUCGCCAGCUCGCACCCAGAGGUGGCCGAUCAGUCGAAUGCUUUCCUCCUGCUCACGAACCACGACCGAUUGGAAUGUGGUGACUGCCCGAGUGCAGGCAUGGGUGGCGAUGGAUCCUGGCAGCUCAUGGAGUAUUCGGACAGGCCAUCAUCAGUUCUUAGCCAGCGGGACACUGACAUCGAAGGGUUCCAGGAGGCAUGCAGCUUCCAGGACAAGCUGACGUUCCUGCCACCGCAGGUGGAGGACUUCUUUCGCCCACCGGUCAUGCAGCAGGUUUUGAUGCUUCUUCGUAACCGUCGUGCCUGCGCCCUGCAUGGUCCAGAGGGCAUCGGGAAGACCGCCCUGGGUGUAGAAGUCGCGCGCUUUGCCGCAAGUCCGGGCAGGCUUUUUUCAAGCAACGUGCUGCACGUGCGCCUGGAUCAGAAGAGCAGAGCUGUCAAGACUAUCAAAGAAUGCGUCGACUUUUUCAUGGCCAGGUCCGGGCCGUGCUCGUUGGCCGAAGCUCCAGAGGGUCACAGCCGCUGUGUCGCCUGGCAGCUCCAACAGCUGGAAAGGUUCAGGUCGCAUGCUCCGAUUCUUCUGGUGCUAGACGACGAAUGCAACGCCCUGGAACAAAGCAACCCUUUGCGAGGUCUGCUGGCCGAAGUGCUACGCAAGACUCAUCGUGUAACGCUGCUGCUUUGCUCCCGAUCCCCUCUGCACGAGUCAUUGGGGGACACAAAGGUAGUGAACAUUGAGCUCGCAGGGCUGGAUGAACAGCGGUGUGCUAGCCUCUUGCUGCGGCGAGUUCAUCGGCCGCUCGCGCCCGCAGACUUCCUCGACUCAGAGAAUCUCUCUGAGGGCCGGACGCGGGCGCAGCUCCGCCAAGCUGCAGAUGUCGUCGCCAAGCUCCUUGUGGCCAGCAAGGUUCUCCUGCCACUCUGUGGCAAUCCAGGACUCGUCCGCCAAGUGGGCUCCCAGAUCUACCCUGGUGGACCUCCUCUGCGCGAGGUGGUGCAGGACACGGUUCCAUCACCACCAGUGAGAGACGUGAGCAAAAAUUCGUUGCAAUGA